AUGUAUAUUGACACCGAGGCUGCAAAUAACGGCGUUAAGCCCAAGGUUACCGUGAGCAGUGCGACGCGGUACUCUGAGGAGAGGACACCACUGCUGGAGACCUUUGUGGGGCAGGAUGCACCGCCCAGCUAUCUAGAGGCAACGACGCCGAUGCCGUGGAAUGGGAGGCCCAGCGGCGACGAGGGGGCGAGGCUAUUGGAUAAUGGUGGAAGAAUAUCGUUUGCGCCGAUGAUGCCUGAAAGAGAUGGAAUGUACAAAGAUGGGCCGUACAGAAAGCGGAGUUUCCGGGAACGCUGUACCAAGAAGAGGAUGUUGAAGUGGAUGGCCGCCAUACUCGCCAUCAUUGUAUUCGCCGCGAUCAUUGCGGCGGCAACAAACAAGAAGGAGACAACAGUAUUACCCGUCCCAGCUGAACCAGCAGAGUCCAACGCACCCGCCCGGCCCUCAAAACCAAAAGAGAACUUCCCGAUCCGAUGGCCGUCGCGCUGCGGCAAGGACUACAACGUAAAGAGCGAGGAGAUCAACUGGGGCUUCCCUACCGAGUUGGAGAUCUUAGAAGCCGUGCAUCAACUCGACGGUCCCUACAAGCGAGUUUCUGGAUGGAUUCAUGUCACACAGGCACCAGAAGGGCAGGCAGCUGGUACAAUCGAAGCAAAGAUGUCCUAUGCCGUUUCGUCCUCGGUUGAUGUCAACAGUAUCAAAUACGCUUACACUCCCACUGGCCUCACUAUUGGCGAUCCUUCGUUCCCCGAUGGCUUCGAUGGCGUGCGAAAAGGCACAGCGUGCCUCGGUAUCUCCGUGGUCGUUUACAUGGCCCCAGGCACAAAGCUGGAAAAUCUCAAGAUUCGCUCCACCCACCUCGGAAUGCAGAUCCACGACGGCGUUGACUUCACCGUCUCGAACGAGACAUCCAUCUCUCUCACAACCGGCACUCUGGACUCGACAUCCUUCAGCUCACGGGAGACACACCUGCAGACAAUAUCCGGAUCCAUUAGUGGGAAGUACUCCCUCUCCGACCUCUUGUCCAUCAAAACCAAGAGCGGCUCUGUCAACAUCAAUGUCGAGCCCAAAGAAGCCGCGGAGGGAGGUUCGGAGUCCGCCGUCUUCCUCGCGAAUUCCUUAUCUGGGAGCAUACGCGCCGACUUCGAGCGCAAGCGAAUUCCCGAGCGAGACUACCAAGUCUUGAUCAACACAACCGUCGGCUCUGUUGAUGGUACAUUCAUCCACGGGUCUCGAACCGUCAUGUCGUCCGUUGCCGGCUUCAUCAAUGCGGAUAUCCUGCCGUUCAAGAGCGGCGACUACCCCUCCAGCAUCGACACAUCAGCCACAGACGGCCAAACGACGCUCAAGAUCCGUUCGCCAUACGAGAAUGCUGGCGUCGCCAUGAACAAGCUCCGUAGCACGCAUAAGAGCAUCUCCGGCGUAAUCGAUCUCACCUACCCCGAGGAAUGGGAGGGCCAUCUUGAAGGCACCUCCAUGGAAGGCAUGCUGCACCUACAAGGGCAGAAUCUGGAGCUGAUUCGUCAGGAUGAGAGGCCGGGGCUGAAUAGGGCGGAGGCGAAGAAAGGAAACGGCGGGAGCAACAUGGUGUUUAAUACUGUCAGCGGAGGGUGCGAGGUCAAGGUUGGGAAGCUAUGA